UUGUGAUUUGAAAUUUAUUCAGCCUUGGGCUAACCGUCGCCCGCGUACAACGUGUCCUACAUGUUCGCCCCGAACGGAAAUUUCGCGCCAAAGUUUACAUUCAGGAUUGGAAAAUGAGAUUAUGUUUUGAAGUGCAUCAAGUUUGAAAGUGUGGAAACUGCUCGUUCUAGUCAAUUAAACUGAUUAAAGUGUAUCGGCCUACAGAAGUGUAAACGUUUACUUUGUGUGUGCGAUGCAUAACAGUUAAGUUGGAGUUAAGCACUUAUUAAAACUGUGCAUGAUGGGCGCAUAAGAUUUGUUUCCCAGUGUAUAAUUGAUAGAAAGUAUUCGGACUGCCAACAUGGGGACCAAUCGGCUGCUUUCACCAUUUACUUUGCUGCUGAUUUGUACAGCGUGGUGCUCGGUGCGGGCUGAAGAUGAGCAGCACGACGCUCGGGAAGGCGAUGACGUCACGAUGCAGUGCCGCUUCGCCCUGGAGCCGCUCGCCGGCGAGUCCCUCACCUACUACUGGGUGAGGAGCACCGCCAGCGGCCACGACAACGUCGCCAUCGGCAACAUACCGCUCGAGACUAAUUACCAGAUCUCGUACGCGCCGACGGAGGGUCGCUUCGACCUGAUGGUGUCGAAUGUAUCGUACGAGCGGGACAACGGGCGGUUCGAGUGCCGGGUGAAGGCGGGAGGGUCGGGGCGCACGCUGCACGCGCAGGGCCACGCGCUCACCGUGCUGACGAGCCCGCGCGCGCCCGUGCUCUCCCCGGGCUCGCACGCGCAGUCGCAGGAGGGCAGGGAACUCAACCUCUCCUGCUCGUCCUCUGGAGGCUCGCCCGAACCCACCAUCAAGUGGUACCGUGAGGGUUCGACCUACCCCUUGGAUGCGACGAUAGCGCACGCCAAGACCCGGUCAGAGCCGACCGUGGCGACGCUGACGCUGAUGCCGACCAGGGAAGAUGACGGCGCCGUAUUCCGCUGUGUGGUGUGGAACCGCGCCAUGUCCGAAGGCCAACAGCUCGAUGCCUCCGUCGAUCUCAGCGUCAAUUAUUUUCCUCGGGUGGAAGUUGCUCCUGAAAAUCCUUUGCGAGUAGAAAUAGACGGAGUUGCGACCAUGGAAUGCAAAGUAGAUGCGAAGCCUAAAGUGAGCACUGUAAGAUGGACUCGAGACGGCAAAUACAUUUCAAAUUCUUUCACACACACAAUUCAAGGAGUUACAGUACAGGACGCGGGGAAAUAUACGUGCAGUGCUGACAACGGCUUGGGCCGGCCUGGAGAGAAAGAAAUGUACCUAGAUGUACUUUUCCCUCCUAGUGUUACAGUUGAGUCCAAGACUUAUGAAGCAGAGGAAGGUGGAAAUGUUGAAAUUAGAUGUGAAGUCUCUGCUAACCCUGAACCAACGUCUAUUGAAUGGACGAUGGAAGGGAAACCUGAGUUCCAUCAGAGUGGUAACACUCUCACUUUAUCGAGAGUAAAUGCCGAUAUGGCUGGAACUUAUGUUUGCAAAGCUGUAAAUGUCAUAUCAUCCACUAAUGGAAAACGUACUGAGCGCUCGAACAGUGCAUCUGUGGCUGUGCUUGUGCGACACAAGCCCGGUCGUGCGUACAUAAGCCCUGACAGGCCAGUCGCCCAAGAAGGUGCCGGAGUCACUCUUACCUGCAGCGCGAAGCCACCUGGCUGGCCCGCGCCGCAAUACAGGUGGUUCCGAGACAUGGACACAAGUCCGGAUGUAAAGCCUGCAGUGCUAGCGACAGGGAAUCAAUAUUCUAUACCUAGUGCACACCUUGGAAGUGAAGGUGUUUACCAUUGUCAGGCUACAAACGAAUUAGGUCACGGCGAGCUCGCUUCUGUCACACUAGAAGUUCAUCAGCCGCCUCGUUUCCAAACCAAAUUGCAAACACACAUGACGAAACGCUCGGGAGAGCAAGACUUCACGGUCACUUGCAGCGCACUCGGCAAACCGCGACCGAAUGUUAAAUGGUUCAAAGACAAUACGGAGAUUAAAGCUGAUACUAAUUUGUACGAAGUCAAAACUGAUAUAACCGAGAGCAGAAAUGCCGUUUACACUGUUCAAAGCACCCUUAAAUUUAACGGCAAGGCGAGGCCGAAUACUAAUGACCUGUUGCCCGACGAUAGAGGUAUUUAUUCCUGCGCUUUCGAGAACGAGGUCAAAAAAGUCGAGUCUACGAUGCAUCUUCGAAUAGAACACGAACCCAUAUCUAUUCGGCAACAUAAUAAAGUCGCCUACGAUGUUAUGGAAACUGCUGAAAUAUUAUGUAUAGUCCAAGCCUACCCCAAACCAGAGUUCCAAUGGUUUUAUGGGUCGAACACUGCCCCACUGCAGAUGUCUUCAGACGGCCACUACGAAAUAAAUACAACAACAGACAACAACGACUCAUACCGCAGCGUUCUUAAAAUAAAGACCGUAAAGCCUCAAGACUACGGGGAAUAUUACUGUAAAGUGAAGAACUCGCUAGGGAGCAUACGCCCUCAGAUAAAGUUACAGCCGAAAGGCGCUCCGGAGUCGCCUCGUUUGUUAGAGAGUCAGAAAGUGGGUCCGACGUACGUGACAUUGAAAUGGGAGUCUGGGUUUGACGGUGGGCUGUCGAGCACGAAGUACUUCGUGCGUUACCGGCGCGUGUCGCUGCGCGGGCCCGGCUCGUCGGCCAGCGCCGAGCACUGCGCCUCGGACCGCACCUCCGAGUUCGACUGGAUGGAGUACGACUGCGGCCGCAUCAACCCCUGCAACGUCACCCGCCUCGACCAGCACAACACAUACUCCUUCAAGCAACUCACAUUUGUUUUCAAGGUGAAAGCGGUGAAUACAAAGGGGCAGAGUAAUUACUCGAAUGAGAUCACGGUGACGACGAAGGUGGAUAAGAUCAACCCGCCGGAGCAGGUGACGUACGACCCGAGCUCGCAGGCCAUCGCCUUCACCGUCACUCCCACGUGUCUGUCCCUGGUCGGCGUCGUCGAGGGACUCGCCACUAUGGGAAGUACAUCGGGAUGGCAGGUGGUAGAUACGGUGACGCUUCAUCUGUCUGGGGCCGUGGCUACGGUACAAGAGGCCACUGUGGAACUGCCCAGCAAGACUCGCACAUCGACCCGCCACGUGACGGACCAACCACUGGACGACUUCAACCCUCGCAUACGCCUCAAGCUUUGCCUUCAAGUCAAUCAAGACGUUUGCAGCGAAUACACCGAAGCCGAGAUUGGAACAUCAUAUAUCAAAGAGACAUCAGCUCGCACCACGGCCGCCAUUGUGGGAAUAUUCGUCACUACUGUAGUAGUCCUGCUGUUUGUCGGACUAUUGCUACUCAUCUACCAGUGCAGACGCAGGCCCAACAAGAAAGACAGAUCCAAAGACUACGAAAUGGACUCGAUGCGACCAGCUAAGGUGACGCCACAGAACCAAGCGCCGCCGCCUUAUUACCCUAGCUCGGGCAUGGAGAACAAAGCUCUCGAACAUUCCAUGGAUAUGGCGCUAUCUAUGGAUGACUCCAAAACUGCGGUGUACGCAACACAAGGAGGCUACUCGUAUCACGUGCCUCCACACACGCAACCUCAUCCCGGACAACCGAUGCCGAAUUCCGAUUGGGUAAACAUGGGCUUCAUAGAGAACAGCUACACGAACAGUAACAACGGGGGCAGCGUGAACUCGCAGGACUCGUUGUGGCAGAUGAAGAUGGCGGCGGCGAACAACGCGGCGACUCUGCCCGCGCACCAGGUGCUGGACCGGCAGAGCAACUACGACUACGACCCGAUCUCACACGCGGGCUACCGCAACAUCGACGACUACGCGCACUACUCGCACCUGCCGCACGCCAGCCAGCCGGCCGCGCCCAGCGACUACGACAUGCGAGCCGCGCAGAACCCCUCCCGCCAGGAGUACUGCUCCGAUCCCUACGCCUCCGUGCACAAACCCAAGAAACGCAUGGAUCAACAUAUCGAGUCGCCGUACCAUGAGGUGAGCGGUCUGCCGGAGUACGGCAUGCGCGGCGGCGCGGAGGAGGGCGGCGCGGAGGAGAAGCCGCUGCACAUGUCGCUGGGCUACGACGAGUCGCUGGAGUCGGGCUACUCCACGCCCAACUCGCGCGCGCGCCGCGUCAUCCGCGAGAUCAUCGUAUGAACACGGCUGUAAGCUGGCCGCGCGCCGCCCGGCCGCGCUCGGCCGCGCUCGUGUCGCGUCGCGCCCCGAGUCCGCCCCUGACUUCCCUUCACUUGUUGCCCCCAUCUGCAGGCUCAACAUAAACUCUCAUUGCCAGUCAGUUCGAGAGCUGUUACUGCGUGAAACUCGUAUUGUAUGUGAAGUUGGCGGUCAUGCAUCGGAAUGGAUUUUGCACAGCUGGUGCCCUACAAAUGAUAACAAGAUAAGUGUAGCUAGUGCGUGAGAACAGUAAUUCUGUUGUGAUAAGUCGAGUAAAAUAUUUUUAUACAGGGAAGGAAAAUUGAACUAGAUUAAGCCAGCCAGUGUGACGGACUUACAAACUUCGCGAGUGCCGUGAAACUAAAAGUGUUAUUAUUAUAUCGUAAAACGGAAAUCAAAUUACGUUUUCACAGGUGAUUAACUGAAUCUUUUUUUUUAGAUUUAAUUGUCAUCAUAAACGAUAGACAAUAAAUCUUGAAGUCGAUAUAAAGCUAUGAUUCCUUUUGGGGCAUUUAUGUUAUCUAUAUGCAAUCCGGUAUAAAAUGAAACCCCAGAUGGUUAUAUUCCAUUUUUUUUCUCAAAUAUUAUAAUGAGAAAGAAUUGGAUUUACUAUUCUUGUAUAUCUUUUUUAUAAGUUUCAUCAAGAGGUACUGUUAAAUAAUACAAAGGUAUUUAAGAUAAGGAAGUUGCCAUAAAAUCGCUUAGUUCUUAAAUUAAAAUACCUUUCUAUCGCGAAGAACUGGUACAAAAGCGAUAGAACGUAUUAAGUAAGCUCUUUUUCUUAUAUAAGUAAAAUCUAUUUUGCCUUCGUCCUUCAUAUAAAUUUCGAAACUAUAAAGGUUUCGUACGAUAACGAAUGAUAUGUGAUCUCCAUAGCUCAUAUUUUGUAAAUGUGGUUUAUAAUUGACUUAUGCAAGUAUGGUGCGAGUGGUGUAAAUAAAUCAUCGAAGUGUAGAAGUAUAGUGAUCAUUAUCGACAUUGUCAAUUGUGAUGCUAGAGUGUAUGGAACGUUCGUAGAGUUUACGAGCACUGAAGUAAUGGAGCCUUCAUUUGGCCUGACAGAGAUCGCGCUCGCUAUUCAUUUGUUCCGGAACAUUCCCAUUCUGAUUUUGUCAAUGACCCCGCCGUUCAUUUCAAUUUCGACGAAUUUGGAACCACUAACAUUUGUGCUAUACAUCCAGCUCUAUUCGAAUAAAAUUAAUAACGGAAUAAGCUAUACAAAUCCACAGUAUUAAUAUACCAACAACAUUUUAAGAGAACUCAUUAUUGGACAAGAAAUUAUGUGCUGAUUUAAAUCUCCAAGCAAUAUUCUGAGCCAAAUAAUCUUGUCGAUGUCCCGAAAUUCCUGGUAACGCGGCCUUAAGACGUGAUCUGGUAAUGGCGUAAAUUCUGUAUGAAUUGCAAUGAUGGCACAAGAUUACGGCUCCCCCGGAACAUUGUUUAGCAACGGCAGUAAUUACAUUUUAUUCUAUAUUAAAAUGUGUUUGCAGAAAAAUAAUUAAGUUUUCCAUCGCAGUUUCAUUCAAAGUAAGUUAGAACGUUGAAGCACACAAAACAAAUUAUAACCGUAGGAUCUUUUGCAGACACACGAGUCAAAUCAUUUUGCGCAAAUAUUAGUUUGCCAUUACGCUUUUGUUGCGUGAUCUUAUGUCAUGUCACUUGGUAAUUUCUAGUCUCUUAAACUCUAUUAUGUUUGAAAGGAAUUCAAACGGCAUUCAUCACAAUGCAUUAUUGGAAUAUUGAGGAGUUCAGAUCUUUAAUAGAAUAAGAUUAAUUAUGAGAAUGAUGUUAUUGGUUUCACAAAUAUUAUGAUAAGAUAAAUAUUGGUUAACUGUAAAUAUACACCCGUGUUAUGUCAAUGUUUGUUCUGGGAUGAUACUCUUGAUAUUAUUUUCUGAUAGUGAUGGGUUCUUAGGGUUUGUUUAAGGGCUCAGAUCUACGCGUAAUGAUCUAGAUGUAUGGAAUAACAACAUGUUUUGGCUGCAGCCAGGGGCGUAGUGAGGGUUUCGUUCAGACAAUGCACUGCGGUGUAUUGAUUUCUAUCACAAGUGUCUUCGGGUUGCCUAGGGUUGAGGACCUCGAAGCCAAAUCUCCUCAUUCCUAGAUAACCUCUUUGUGCGCCAUGCCCGUGGUUACAGCCCUCGACAAAAGACUGUCAAACUAGAAUUCGGGGACAUGUCUGUGUAAUAUUUCACAUAGUAUGUACGUGGCACAUUUAUGUCCUUUAAUGUAUUACCUGAUUCAAAGUAUACAUUGCAGGACGUGAAUUUUAAUGUCGCAUUCGCAUUCUUUUACAAGCAUACUUAUUUUUUGUACAUCUUUAGUAAACGGUGUUUUU